UUUCUCCCUCCCCUCCCCUCCCCCUUUCACAUCAUUGUCAGCGCUCAUCAUGCUUUCCAGGUCGUUCCUUCAGCGAUUUCGACGAUUAGAUGCAUAUGCAAAAACACUGGAUGACUUUCGCAUCAGGACUGCAUCGGGUGCAGCAGUGACAAUCGUUAGUGGGUUUGUGAUUGCAAUCCUUCUCAUCUUUGAGAUAUCACGUUUUCUUUCUCCUACAAUGGACCCGGAGAUCAUUGUGGAUGGUGGCAAGUCGCAAAGAAUGUCCAUUACAUUCAAUGCCACCUUUCCUAAUCUUCCUUGCUACCUGCUUAGCUUGGAUGUAAUGGACGAAAGUGGUGAGCAUAUUAGCGGUUAUGAGCAUGAUGUAUUCAAGGUCCGUCUGGACAAGCAAGGAAAUGAGAUUGAGAAAGAAAAGGCCAAAAAUCCCAGUGAUUCAAUUCAGAACUCACUGAGUCAGCCUACAGACGGAUAUUGUGGCCCCUGUUAUGGUGCCAAUCCAAAUGGAGUUUCUGAGCCAUGCUGUAAUACAUGUGAGCAGGUCCAGAAAGCAUACACAGAUAUGGGCUGGAAGCUUAAUCCCGAUAAAGCUGAGCAGUGCGUUAGAGAGGGCUGGCGUGAGAAGUUGGAGGCUCAGUCGCAAGAAGGCUGCAAUAUUCAUGGAGCACUUUUGGUGAACAAAGUACGAGGAAAUUUCCAUUUCUCACCCGGAAGAGCAUUUGCUCAUGGUUCUGCUCACGUACAUGAUGUCAGACCCUACCUGGCUUCCAAUCAUGAUUUCUCCCAUAAGUUACAUUCACUUCAGUUUGGUGACCAGGACCUUAGUGCUCGCAAACACAAACGUACUCCUGUAGAUUCUCUCACUAAUCCGUUAGACAAUACUUCGUGGGGAAAUAGUGAAUCUGCAAUGAUGUAUCAAUACUUCCUUAAGAUUGUCCCAACUAAGUUUGACUACCUUUCAGGAGAUAGCUUCAAUACAUAUCAAUAUUCUGUCAGUAGACAGGAACGUAAUCUUAGAGAACAGUCAUCGGGCGGUCUUCCAGGCGUGUUUUUCAUGAUGGAUUUUUCUCCGAUGCUAGUGAUUUACUCAGAGCACCGCAAGUCUUUAGCUAGUUUCUUAACAAGUGUGUGCGCUAUUAUUGGGGGUAUAUUUACAGUAGCCAGCCUUUUAGAUGGUAUCAUCUACCGUGCCGAGCGCUCUUACCAAAAGAAACAAGAGCUUGGAAAGACACAGUAAUAAAAUAUGUGACACGAGG